AUGGCUUCCUCUUUCGAUACCGCUGAGGUGGCGUCAGCUCUUGCUGAUAUCACGCCAGCCAACGGUGUCGAGCCAACUACUGGUCCCCCUAAGAACGAGGAGGCCAUCAAGCUUGCUCGCGAAUCUGGCUGGGUUGAGCCUAAAGCGAACAAUUACACCUCUCGUGCCCCGACCACAGUCCUCAACAGCGACCAAGUUCAGGUGGAAGCUGCAGCCGAAGAAGAAGCUGGCGCUGAGGAUCUUGCCGUCAGUCAGCAUGCAACCAGUAACUGGUCCCACGACGCAGCAAAGUACGAAUGGAAGGAAGAGUACGGGGAUGUUGGCCCACGCGACGAGAGACUUGAGAAGGAUCUCUUCCGUGGCGAGCACAUCAACCGUGCCGGCAUCAAAUUCGAAAAUCUUACUGCUGUCAAAGUCACAGUUGAAUCCGAGACUCGUGUCAAUCCUGUCUCCAGCUUUAAGGACGCUGGCUUACACCCAGUCAUCCUCGAAAACAUUGAGCUCUGUGGCUACCGUCAUACGACCCCAAUCCAAGCUUACACUAUUCCUGCGGUGUUGACAGGUCAUGAUAUGAUUGGCAUUGCUCAGACUGGGUCUGGCAAAACCGCAGCCUUUCUGAUCCCAACCAUCUCCAAGUUGAUGGGUAAAGUCAAGAAGUUAGCAGCGCCUCGCCCGAAUAUUGGCCAGGGGUUCGAUCCUACUCGUGAUCGAGUCCGAGCCGAACCAUUGAUCCUCAUUGUGGCUCCGACUCGCGAAUUGUGCUGUCAAAUCUUCGAUGAAGCCCGUCGGCUUUGCUAUCGCUCGAUGCUUCGUCCGUGUGUCGCUUAUGGCGGUGCUCCGAUUCGAGACCAGGCCGCUCAACUUCAACGCGGUUGUGAUUUACUUGUCGCGUCUCCUGGCCGUCUCCUCGAUUUUAUGGGCCGUCCUGAACUUCUAUCUUUGGCUCGUGUUCGCUACACUAUCGUGGAUGAAGCUGAUGAGAUGCUCCAUGAUGAUUGGGGUGAGGAGAUGUCAAAGAUUAUGGGUGGUGGAGAUGCCAAUACUGAUGGCGAUCAUCGUUACCUUCUCUUCAGUGCAACCUUCCCCAAGCGUGUCCGUAAGCUUGCGGCCAAAUAUCUUGCAUCUGACUAUGUCCACGUUAGCGUUGGCAGAACCGGAAGUGUCCAUGUCAACGUUAAGCAGAACAUCAUGUGGUGCGACAAAGACAAGAAGAUGAAGGCGCUCUAUGACUUGCUCAUUUCCAUGCCGCCUUCACGUACCUUGAUCUUCGUGAGAUUCAAGAAGACCGCCGACUUUGUUGACGACUAUCUCUUCAACUUGGGUCUCCCAUCAACCUCUAUCCACUCCGAUCGCACUCAGAGUGAACGUGAGGAUGCUUUGCGUUCGUUCAAAGGUGGCCAGACUCCUAUUCUUGUGGCGACUGGAGUGACGGCUCGUGGUCUCGACGUCCGCAAUGUCAUGCAUGUCAUCAAUUUUGAUCUCCCGUCUGCAGACCAUGAUGGUAAGAACGAGUACGUUCAUCGCAUUGGUCGCACUGCUCGCAUUGGCAACGAAGGUCUUGCUACUUCCUUCUACAAUGAGGGCGACGAAGCUUUAGGUCCAUUCCUUACCAAGAUCCUACUCGAAACCAACCAGGAUGUUCCUGAUUUCCUUACACAUUUCAAGCCAGAAGGUGAUCUGAACUUUGACGAAGAGGAGGAGCCAGACUACGAGAACAAUGCUGGUGCUACAUCGGGUGACGCUGGAGGUGAUGCGUGGGGAACUGGUGACAACGCUGCUAGUGCCGGAGGCGAUGCAUGGGGUGCAGGUGGUGCCAACGCUGCCAGCGAUGCCUGGGGCUCGGCUGCCGGAACUGAUGCAACUGCCAAUGGUAACUGGACUGCUUCCAGCGAUGCUGAAGUCGAUGCCGGCGGAGCUUGGUGA